AACAAAUAUAACUGCUAUUUUUUUCUGGGACGCAUAUAAUAUAUUGUUUCUUCAGCAGAGAAAGUGUUGGAUUUGUCUUUUCUGAAUAAAUACGUAUUUUUGCCAUUUUUGCAAGUUAUGAUAAGGUACAAAUAAUAGUGCCAACUCUGAAAGAUCAAGACACUAAAAAUAACUACUAAAAUGAAUAUAGGACGCUUGAAGUUGAAAGCCAAAUCUAGUUCUAUGAACAAGAACGGCAAUUCUUCGCUUGCCGAGGUCACUGCAAAUGUACCGCAGCUAUCGCAGCUUGAUAGAACAGAUGCGGCGAAUAUAUGUCGGUCCGAGACAACACCUCGACAUAAACCAGAAGACGAUAUUAUCGGCAGUCUUAGUGCUAAUAGUGUCAGUUUCGGUAGCAGUAGUGAUACCAAUAAUGAAGACAGUCUAGAGAUUAUGGAGGAAAUAGAUGUUGAGGAGGAUGGGAGCAGACUGGAAGAAAAUGUUACCAAUAGCAUAUCGAAAACUAUUGCGUUGAAUGUUCCUGUCAAUCUGGUUGCGACGGUGCUUCCACAAGACUCCGGUGUUCAACCAAAACUACCUGUUGACGAAAGAAAACAACUGUUCAAUAUUGAGAACAGAUCAGAAGUGUUGCUUGGAAACACUGGAUUUGAUAUCGAUGAACUGAAGUUAACUGGGACUGAAAUUGCUCAACAUUUUCAACAUUUUAGUGAACCGGAAGAAAUCUCAUAUAGUGAGCAACGUGUGGACCCGGUCGCUGUUGUACUUUCCGAACUCGAUUCUGUAGACAAACAUUCACAACUAGAAGAAUCAAAUAUAGAGAAUAAUGACCCAAAAGUGUCAAGUGCGAAGUUAGACUCCAACAGUCCGAAAAGAUAUGAAGCGAAAGAAUUGUCACCGUUGACUGAAGAUGAUGUGCUGAUUAAUAGCAUUAAAGUGAAUCUCAGUUCUCUGAAGAAACUACAUAAGCAGCCAAAUGCUCAUGACAACAGUGGUGAUAACAGUUUAAGUACAACAAAUGAAAUUUCGGAGCUGGCGCGAGAUACCGAAAGUGAUCGCAUCAUGAGUUUGCGCAGUGAUAGUGAAACUAAACCAAAGAAUGAAGAUAAAGAGGCAAAACAACCAGAAUUACCGUUGUUUACAAGUAGAAGUUAUGAAAAUCCCGAUAGAAAUCAAACACCUAUAAUUAGACGGUCACUUUCUAUUCCGAGUGCAGUGAAGUUAGGCGAUACAUCAUCAGAUCAACUUCAUGACACUAGUGUUGAGGAGGAUAAUUCAAUAGAGGAGGUAGUAAUGUCGAACCCGUCGAUUGAAUCAUCUAUUGGGAUGGUCGAAAUUAACUCUUUCAAUGAAAAUGAGACCAGCUCAUUCGCAAGUAUAUCAAAAGAUCUUCAGGUGGAGCAGCGUUCUAUUGUUAGUGAUGAUGCUGGUGAUUUGAAAGAGAAAAUUCUUACAUCUAGCAAACCAUUUGAAGAAGUACAUUCACAAUAUGAGCCUAAAGCUCUGAGUGACAAGAUAGAAGACGAAACAUCUUUUUCUUCUAUUAAGCAAAUGGAUCAGGUGAUUGAUUUUAAAGAGGCGUUAGAGGAUAUUUCCGAAGAAUCAGAACAUACACUAACAGCUUCAGAUCAUUCUAGUAGUAAAGCAAAAACAUCUGAUGAACAGUCUUCUGCGAUCGAGAAGGGUAAAGAGAUCCGCAAAAUUCUAGUUGAAAAGGUCUUGCAAAGACAAUUGAGAAUCGAUAGUACCAUUGACGAAGACAAUAAGGAAAAUGUCCAAGAUGUAUUACCGUUCAGCAAGACUUCUGAGUCCAACAAUGUUGUUAGUUUGAACUUGUUUCAAGAAUUGGAGGAAGAAAUUAAAAAGAUGAGAGAAAUUAUUGCAUCGAAGAACGUUUAUGAAGUACAUCUUGCUAAGGAUUCUUCGAAAGAGGGCUCGAUUGAUUCAAUCGAUCAGCAACAACAUAAUGACUCAAUCAGCUUGACUACCAAUUCUACUGAAUACAAACCGGUAAAUGAUGAUUAUUCUCCAAACGAGGCGCUACAUAUUAAAAUCAAUAAGUUAAAUGGAUGGAUCGAGAUACUUUCAGAAAAAUUGCAAGAAUCCAUUCAGGCUCGAAAUCAGUCACAGACAAAUGUAGUGAAACUUACAGUGGAAGUUAAUCAGUUACGGAAACAAUUGACAGAGAACAUUGAAGCUAUCAAACAGAGAGCUCACUGGAUGCGAGAUCAGGAAAGUAACGGCCAAAGAAUUUCAGAAAUUUCAAUUGAUCUAAUAAGUGAAACAGACGACGCGUUGUCAGACUUUCCAGAUCUAUACGAGGAACGCUCCAAUAGAAACUCCCGAGAACGUCAGCUGGAUAUCGAUUACUCUGAACAAAAUCCCCUGCCUAUUCCCAUCGCCAUAUCUAAGCAGUUAGAACAGUUUAGAAAAUAUUUAUCACCAGACGAAUUACGAUUAUUUAAUAUGGUUCAAAGUAAAUUUGAUGAUUACUUAAAGCUUGAACUUGAAAGACAACAAAAUGAUUUGAAAUCUCACCAUGAACAAGAGAUGAUUGAUCAACGCACGUAUUUUGAACAAAAGUGCGCCGAAUUUGAAAAGCAAUACACGGAAGAAGUGAUUUCACAACACAGUCGGCGGUUGUCUGACGACACCGCUUCAGAUAUUUCAGAUCACGAAGAGUUUCCGGCUGAAAAUGGCGGCUAUCAAUCAAAGCAGACUAGUCCAAAGAGAAAAUUAAAAGAGUUGAUUUAUCUUAGUCCGACGCAUAGAAAGAUCACUCCAACCACAAUUGAUACCACUGAAGGAAGUACGGAUGAAAUGAUGGAGGUUACUACUGAACUUGCAAAAGAAUUGCAGUUGGAUUGUGAUAGUGCACGAGCCAUUUAUCAAAAUAAAAUUUUGGAGCUUAACCGGAAACACAAUGAAGACGUGAAACAAUUGCGAGAAAGAUUGAAAUUAUACGAAGAUACAGACACCACAAAAGUUUUCUUGCCUUCUAACGAAACACCCUUCACGAGCGAAGAUGCAUCCAGUCUAAUAACACAACCGGCGUCAACAUUUGCGCUGCCGGCGUGCUUGGCGUCACCGCAAUCUGGUGUGUUACUAACAGUCACUGCCGGUGGCACUAUGGGUAUCGAGCUAAAUGACGAUUUGCACGAGAUUAUUGCCGAUUACGAACGUCGGUUGCAGGAACAAGUUGCGCUGGCACGACAGGAUGUCCUUGGAGAGUUGGAAGUUCAGAUACAGGCGCUGUUAUCUGACACGGCUAUAGAAGAUUGCCAUUGGCCACCGGAACUGAUACUACUCAGGGAAAAGUUUACUGCCAGGAGCCAACUGGAAAUUUCCCAACUUCGAAUCAAACAUGAGGAAGAAAUGGCCCGUAUGAAAACUGAUUUUGAGAAACAGCAACAGUGGAAGCUAAAACGCCAAUCGACGUUUGAUUCGACUCGUGAUUUGGACAAAAUUAUCAUCGAGCGAGACAAUCUGCGAGAACUCUCGUAUACCUUGCGGAACGUUCUUGGAGAAUUCUUAAAAUAUGUUUCGGUUUGCGAAGAUGACUUGAAUAGCACUGUUCGUGAAGAACUCCAAAAACAUGGUUUGAUAUUUGGCACAGACGACGAGACUAUAGAGGCUUCUGCUAUCGAUGUUAAUGUAUCAAAUAUAUCGACAUGUUCGACUACAAAGAAGUUUCUGAAGUUUGCCCCGGAUGUGUCUGGUUUGAUUUCAAUAAUUGAAGACCCUUCAUUGCUGGAAUUCGUGUCGAAGGACAACGCCAAUAGUGAUGGAACAAAUCAAUCACUUAAUCUAGAGGAGUGUCUAGCAUUGCUAAAUACAGAAGCGAUGCAUCUUUUGACGCUUUCGGAAAGGCGUACAACAAGACUUGCAACGAAGGACGAGGACUUAGAUAAAACAUCGCUAAAAAGUGAUAAAUUUGAGGACGAAAAUGGCUUUCAGUGUGGGUUCAACAGAAUAGAAAAUGCUAGGACUCGUUCGUUUGACGAAAAUCUGAUACGAACCAGCUGUUCAAAUGAGAACAAACUCAACUAUGUUACCAGUUUACCACUUGAUUUGGGAUCUGCGCAAUCCAGCGGAGAAUUAAAUAUUCAGCUACAUGAACUGAAGAAUAGACUUUUAAAAACGGAAGAUGAGAAACGCAUUUUAGAAAGCAAAUACAACAGUUUAUUUAUUGAAUUGAAUGAAACAAAACUACAUUUACUAGACCUAAAUGGUCAAAAUGUUGAAAUUAAUGAGGGAUAUGGAACAAAUGCGUUGCUGCCAAGCGCACAUAGACCAACCAAUUGCUUCGUCGAAUUACAGGAGAGAGCAAAGAAUUUGUUAGGUACCGUCUCACCCGAUCAUAUCAUUGACAAUAGUGUUAAUUUAUUGCAGCUGGUAGAAGAUUUCUGCAGAGAGGGUGAACGAUACAUGGAGGAUGAGAAACGCGAGAAACUGGAUUUGCAGGCUCAAAUCGUGGCUGCAGAUAAACAACUCAAAGCCACACGGCAUUUCCUGGAGGACCAGGCUGCUGAACGAGAACAUGAACGAGACGAGUUUGUGAAAGAGAUUGGAAAGCUCAAAUCACAAAUGCGUGAAAAAGAUAAGGACAAGGUGAACAUUGAACGUCUCACGAAAGAGGGCGGAUUUUUGUGUGACAGUUGUAGUUAUGGUAUCGAUAAUCGGGAGAUUAUUGAAAAACUGGAAGCUGUAGAUCAGAACGGGAAGGAAUUAUGUGCUCAGAUUAGUGGAAAAGAUGACAUAAUUCGAAAGCUGGAGAAUGAUCUCAAAGAUUCGAUCGACAAGGGAUUUACGCUUCGUGAAAUCAUUUCUGAGCUGGAGACUCAAAUCGAAAGUAAAUCAAUCAACGAGCUUAUAUUGCAUGCUAAAAUUAAGGAACUCGAACUUUACAUUGAUGCUCAAAAUCGUCAAAAUGAAUCCCUUCACCAAGAGGUAGAAAGCAUAAAAAUGGAUGCUACUACUCGAGGUUACAGCGAAAAAAUAGCAAAGCUUGAGGACGAAUUGCGCUACACUCGACCCAGCGUGGAACAGAGUUUAGUUCUUGAAUCACUAACGGUGCAACUUCGAGCUAUUGAAGACACCUUGGAAAGAAAAAUCAAGAACCUUGAAACCUUGCAUUCCAACUCGGCUGCAUCGCUAGUAUGUAGCAGCCCCUCUGAGGAUAUUUCGCUGAACCAAGACAGUCCUCUACAUAGGAAAAAGUGCAAUGAAGGUGAUGCAGCUGAUCAACCACCGCAUCUGCCAGUGGACGAAGUGCAACGGAUAUUCGAUAAACUGCAUCGGCAUACGCGGUUUGAGGAAGUCGCCAUCAAGCGCAUCAACGAUUUGGAGAUGCAAAUCGCUAGCGUGAGAAGUAGCUUUAUGGAAAUACAACAUGAGCGAGAUAUGCUGCAGGAAAGGAUGUCGGAGCAAUCGCUUAAGAUUACUACCCUUCAAUCGAAGCUGGAUGAACAGCGAUUACGGGCCGAAGAACUUCACCGCCAGGGCACAUCACAUCUGACAGUUAAAGUGCACGAUCUGCAGAAUGAGUUAGUGAACGUAAAGGAAACGCUGCAAACUCGCGAUAAGCAGAUCGCGAGUCUGAAAAACUUUCUCGAGAAUAGUCAACAAGUGAUUGAGCGCCAGGAGAAAGAAUUGGCAAUAAAUCAGGCCGAGAACGAUCGAAGCCAAUACGAGUUAAAACUCGAGACAGAGUUGAAGGCCAAAUGCGACGAAAUACAAGUUCUCAAGAACAAAAUCCAGAAUGAAAUGAUAAACAAAGUGGCUCUACCGGAUCUAAUGGAGACUAUGCUAGCCGACAAAAAUGACGAGAUAGAUCAGUUAAAGGAUAAGCUUAACCAAUUGCAAACAUCUGAAGUUCCACCGACCAGUCAUGGCAAGGACGAUGAUAAUGCUCGCACAUUGAGUGACAUCGUCUCGAUUACCGACUGUGAUGAAACAGACAUGGUUUUGCGGCGCAUACCUGAGGAGCCCGAAGGUUUCUUCGCGGCAAACAGCAUCCCGAUGGAAACGCCCAAUUCUGUCUUCAACUACAAAGAAAAACUCCAGUCGACAGCUACAAACAACCGCAAUUCGUACGAAAAAUAUGGUCACAACUCGUUACCCACAUUACCCAAACCUGCGCUUUUUCCAGCGAGUUUUGAGGCACCAACGUUUUUUCAAGAUCUUUCGGCUGCAUUUCCACGGCCAACCCCAUCUACUGGAAUCAGCAGUGCAGGUACACCAGAAUUUUUACCCAGGCAUAUAAACUUUUCGCUGAUGGAUGAAUCCAAAACAACGGUCGGUUCUGCCCGAGAGCGGUUCCGAGAGCCUGCAUUUAUUGAGGAAAUACAAGAAGAUGAUGAAAUAGAAGAGGAAGCUUCAGUGAAAAUAGUUGGCAACGAUAAAGGAAACGUUAAAAAUGAACUGGAGUCGUUGAAAAUAAUCAUAGAUAGAGUUACGAAUGAAAAAAAUGAUGCUAUAGAAAAUAUGCAAGCGAAGAUACAAGAGAAAGUGGAAGAAAUAUGUAAUUUACAAGUGGAGUUAGCUGCUAGGAAUAAACUUUAUGAAGAUUUACUUCAGGAAAGGAAAGACCUCAAGGAGGAAAUGGAGAAAGUUAAAGCAACUCUGAAUAUGUUAGAAACAAUGGGUAUGCAACUAGCACAUAAAGAGAACCUAUUAAAAGAGGCACUUGAAACAAUCGUUUGCAAAGAACAAGAAUUGGCGAAAGUUAAUCAUCUUUAUACGAAACUUCUCGAAGAAAUGGAGCGAAAAAAUAAAGAAUCUGCACUAUUGGCUUCGGAUCAUCAGGAAAAACACCUUCUGUUGGACACGUUGAAGCAACAAGUUGAGUCAUUGAACAAAACAAUUGGCCACAAGAACGAGUUGAUGUCCAAAAUGGAAAAAGACAUUCAUAACUACAGUAAAAAUGAAGAAAAGUAUCUAGAACAGAUAAAAUCACUUGACGCCAAAGAAACUGAGUUGAAGGUUCUACAAACUAAUUAUAAGGAUAGGUUGAACGAGAUUGAAAUUUUGAACGAGGACAAUCGUUUCCUAAAUGAGGAUAUUAAUCGACUUAAAAAUGAGAUUUCCAAAUUAACUAGCAACUCGACGUCAAAUCCUUCCUAUGUUCAAUUUUUGAAACAAAAUUGUGAGAGGUUUGAGGAAGAACUUUGUGAAACCAAAGCAAUGCUCACCGAAAAAAUGCUGGCUCUUGAGCGCGUAAGAAUUGAUUUGAAAGGUUGUCAGAAUGAAGCUGAAGAUCUAAAAGCUCACCUAAGGGAUAAAGAAAUGAUCAUUCAGCAAAUUGGCGAUGACGGUAAUAGCUUGCAUGAAGCUUUAACCAAUAUCCAAAAUAAAAUGCAGGAGAACAAUAGCAAUCUAAAUAGGCAGCUUAGAGAGGAACAAAGCAAAACGGUUGCCCUGCAAACUGAACUGGAUAUGUUAAAAAUGCAAAUUCAGAGGAACGACAACUCUUCAAGUCCAAAACCAUUUUCGGUGGAAGAGAUAGCUGAACAACUGGAAAAAGAGUUGAAUUACUCUGCACAACUCGAUUCGAGCAUUUUGAAAGCAAUGGAGAGUGAUGAUUUGAAUUCAGAAGAUGAAACAAACAGCAAAAAAGCCAGGAAGGAAAAUAAAGGUAGUCGUGAACUCGAAGAUUUGAAACUACAACUGCUUCAUGAGGCGGAUAAAUGUGCCAAAUUGAACGAAUUGCUUGAAGCAGAGAAAAGCAACUCAAAUUCCAUUCAGAUGCAAGAUGCAGAGAUUAUUGAAGCUAUGCGUCAAAGACUGGAAGCCGCUAUUGAUAAUGAAGGCAUGCUACAAAAACUACUGGCUGAAGAAAAGAAUAAAACUGAUCGACUGUCAACACUGAUCGCUGGCGUUCAACGAACUAGGUCGUUCGAUAACUAUUUGCUCAUGAGGGUUAAAUCGCCGCAUGAAUCACCAUCUAGGAGGCUCAAUCGAAGUAAUGAGUUUGAAUCGGAAAUGACGGCUCGGUUUGAAAAUGAAAUCAAAUUCUUGACAGCUCAAAAAGAACGGGAGCGGGAAAGAGCAGUGGAUUUGCAAAGAGUCCUGGAAAGGGAAAAAAUUCGGUUUGAGAAGGAAAUCGAUGAUAGAAAUGAGUAUGGUGAACAGGUAAAGCAAGAGUUAUCAAGGGUUGCGAAAGAAAAGGAUCGCUUAGAAGUUGAGCUUGAUCAUGAGCAGGAGAAACUCAUGUUGGCUCACAAAGAAAUCGAAAGCUUAGAAAAACGAAUAGAAGCUUUCCAAGAGGCGGAUGCAGUGCGAUCUUUCUGUAGGGAACGACCUGCUGGACACAGUUCGCUGGAGCUACGGCAACAAUUGGAAAAUUUUGAGCAAGAGCGAAAUCAGCUUCGUGAUACUAUUCAAAAUCUUAGAUCUGAAGUCGAGCGCAGAAAACAGCGUGAAGGGAAACUUACGGAAGCCUUGAAUAGAGAACAGGCUCUACACAAAGGAGGACAAGUUUCUGUUCCAGAAGAAUUUCUCUGUAAACUCAGAGACAUGAAUAGACUGUUGGAAGUAAAUGCUCGGGAAAAUCAUCAACAAGCAGAGACGCUGCGGUUGUUGAUGGAUGAAAGGAAAGUAUUGCAGUUGCGAAAUCAAGAGCUGGAGCGGUUCAGCAGAAUCCAUACAAAUGGCAGUAAAGAUAACCGGGAUGAUUUGGAAGAACGUGCGAACCAUCUGUUUGGUAAAUAUCUCCGUUCGGAAAGUCACCGAAAGGCGUUGGUUCACCAAAAACGUUACCUACAAAUUGUACUGGCCACGUAUGAAGAAAAUGAAAUCAAAGCGCUCCAAUUACUUAGUUCUCAGAACAUCCCACUGCAUGUCCAAGGUCUUAUCAAGUUGAAUAAACAAGAACAAGACCGUCAGUACAAGCGCCAGUCAUUCCGCGCAGUAGUUAUUGCUGUAAUUGCCGUUGAGCGUAUGAAAUUCAUUGUACGGAAGUGGCAAGGUGGACGACGUGUAUGUUCGAAAGCUAUCUUUUCUUUACCAUUCACUCCUCGAAGGUCUCAAUCAACCAACACUAAUGUGUGGGUUCGCUCGCCUAACUCACAUUUUGUGGAAUAUAAUGUAUCUCCACCGGCUCGCGAUCGUUCAUCAAUGCUUCAGUCAUCGGUGCAUCACGAAUCAGUUUAUUCCGGGCAUUAUCUGCAGCUACCAGAAUCGCAGCUUCUCAUGAACGCUGACAUGCGAGAAAAGCUUGAGGAACAGUACAAUCAAUCGAACAGUAAUCGAUAGAGUACCAUUUUUGUUAUUGAGUCUUUUAUGAGAACUGGGGUGACAUUCCGCAUCUUAAAACGAAAAGUUUUUUGCAUACAAGCUUGUAUGAAAAAGUCAUUUCGACUUAGCUGCAUGAUGUGGCCCCUGGUUAUUAUUCGUUUAGUUAAGCUAUAAUAUUCGCAUAACUUUCUUAUUUUAUUGUGUACUUCUUUUAACAACAUCUAGUCAUAAUUAGACAGCCCUCUGAAUUCUACUGUAGAAGAAUUUCAUUCAUAUUUUGUUUCCGUUUGGGAAACUAACUCAAAAUGACAAAUCAUUACAAAAAAAAAAGAUGUUGUACACAGCUGAUUUCAAUGGGUGACUUAUUGAAUAGCAAAACAAAAUGCUUCGAAAGUGCCUUGCCGAACGGAGUUAACUAUUACUUAUUAAUUAUGUUAUAUUUAGGAUUUAAAAUAACCUAUACAGCCCUAGGAAUAGUGUUCCGAACUUCAAACUAAGAUCAAUUUUGACAUUUUUCACCGCAUCUUGCCAUAUUGUGUGACAGGUGUAAGGUACAAACACGCAUACACUCAUCAUUUCAGUUCAUUUGUAAAUUCAAAUUUGUUUUAGAGCUAUCUUAUAACAAAUCUAUCUAGAAAAAUUAAUUUUACAAUUUUGAUGUGUAUUCAUAUCAAGUUGACGUUCAACUUUCAAAUCAAAAUUUGCAAAUGCUUCAGUUAGUUUAUUAGGGUGUCAAAGUCGGUAAUAAAGCGUAUGAUUCGGGCUGGGGUUGUAAAAGAGUCGGUAUAAAGAACUUACAGAACCCGGCUUUGUCUGAGUAGAUUUUUAGUGUUAAAUGUAAUUUUAAACGUCUUUUGCUGCCGAAGGAACUCAGUCCAAGUUUUACACUUGACCCUAUCCGUCCACGACAUUUUUUCUUGUUUAGAAAUCGAAAAUAAUAUUUUAACCCUUUCUUGGCCAACUUUUUUCCAUCCUAAAUAGGGUUUCGAAACUGUUUUUCCUUAGAACUCAGUUGGGGUUAUGAAAUACGAAAAACCUGUUUUGAUCAAGAUAUGUGCUUCUUUCGUAUUGCUACAAGCUGCUCAAUUUUUAUAUUCUA